UCGAAUCAGUCCUUCGUCUACUCUCAAUACAAGCGGUUGAUUUCGCGGUAAAAAUAUCUCUAAAGAACAGUGUAAUUUGUAAUAGAUACAGCUAACUAACCAACAGUGGGGGAUAGUAACCGGUCUGUCUCACGUCCAAUAAGUUACUCUUUGCUCGAUUUUGUCUUUAAAAUAGACUGCACCGUUAGAUUUUAGAAUAGACUUAAAACUAAUUGCGUUUAAAAAAAGAAAAAGUGACUGGCCGAAAAUUAUUUGGUUUUUAAUCUGUACACUGCAUAGAAGUGACUUUGGCGGGAACGUCGAGGUGACAUUGAAAUUUUAAAACUCGUUUUGUGUUUAUUUUUGUGUAAAUUGUUAAUAUUUACAAUGGCGUGUUCCGUGUGUAUGAAUCCCGAGGGGAAACCGGUUAAAAUGAGAAAGGAACGUGACACAUUUGGAGAAUUAGAUGUGCCAGAUGACAAGUUGUAUGGCGCGCAGACGGUACGCUCUGUUAUGAACUUCCCCAUCGGUGGCAUCGAGGAACGCAUGCCGUACCCGGUGAUCGUUGCAUUCGGUAUAUUGAAGAAGGCUGCCGCAAAAGUCAACAUUGAGUAUGGUCUCGACAAGAAAAUUGCGGAAGCUAUAAUGCAGGCGUGCGAGGACGUCAUAUCCGGCAAGCUGUACCGCGAGGGCCACUUCCCGCUCGUCAUCUGGCAGACGGGGUCUGGUACUCAGUCCAAUAUGAACACCAACGAGGUCAUAUCGAACCGCGCUAUCCAAAUCUUGGGCGGUAAACUGGGCAGCAAGGACCCGGUGCACCCCAACGACCACGUGAACAAGUCGCAGAGCUCCAACGACACGUACCCGACGGCCAUGCACAUAGCGGUGGCCAUGGAGCUCCGCGACCGCCUCAUGCCGGGGCUCGUCGCGCUGCGGGACACGCUCCUCGCCAAGUCCAAGGAGUUCGAUAAGAUCAUCAAGAUUGGCCGAACCCACUUGAUGGACGCGGUGCCGCUGACGCUGGGCCAGGAGUUCAGCGCGUACGCGACGCAGCUGACGUACGGCAUGGAGCGCGUGUGCGCCACGCUGCCGCGCCUGCACUACCUGGCGCUGGGCGGCACGGCCGUCGGCACCGGCCUCAACACGCGCGUCGGCUUUGCGGAGAAGUGCGCUGCCGAGAUCGCCGCCCUCACUGGUAUUCCCUUCGAGACAGCACCGAAUAAGUUCGAAGCGCUCGCAUGCCACGAUGCGCUGGUGGAAGUAUCCGGAGCCUUGAACACGGUGGCCGUGUCGCUGAUGAAGAUCGCCAACGACAUCCGUCUGUUGGCCUCGGGCCCCCGCUGCGGGCUUGCCGAGCUGCUGCUGCCUGAGAACGAACCUGGAUCCUCUAUUAUGCCUGGCAAAGUGAACCCGACCCAGUGCGAGGCGCUGACGAUGGUGGCGGCGCAGGUGAUGGGCAACCACGUGGCGUGCACGGUGGGCGGCAGCAACGGACACUUCGAGUUGAACGUCUUCAAGCCCAUGAUCGUCGCCAACGUGCUGCGCUCUAUCAGGCUCAUCGGUGAUGGCUGCCAGGCGUUCAACAAGAACUGCGCAGUGGGCAUCAGGGCGAACGAAGCGCAAAUAUCCAAGAUCAUGCGCGAGUCGCUGAUGCUGGUCACCGCACUCAACCCGCACAUUGGUUACGAUAAGGCUGCACAAAUAGCGAAGACGGCGCACAAAGAAGGCGGCACCCUAAAGGACACAGCUAUCAAACUAGGCAUCCUAACGGCGGAACAGUUCGACCAGUGGGUGCGACCGGAGGACAUGUUGGGGCCCAAGUAAAGUGGUUGACAGCGCGACGUUGCGAUAUCAGCCGAUCUUGUUUAUAAUCAUAAAAAAAAACAUUUCUCAGAUUACCGCUACUGUAUAUUGUUCAUUCUAUUUUUGUCUAAUUAUUAUUAUUAUUUCUAAUCUAAGUUUCAACAAUACUGAACUCGCAGAACAUAAGUUAUCUCGCACUUGACUUUUAAAAUAUGUAUUGUAUUAUAAAGUUACAUGUUGUUUAUUAUCACACACUACUCUGGAACGCGCUUCCUGAUACCAUUAACUACCAACUAAACCGUCUUGAAAGAAAAAACGUUCAUGCUCACUUUUUUACUUUAUCCGAACAGUAAGUACUUUAUAUUAUUCUCAAUUUCGUGUAUAAUGUAGUAUAUGUCAUAUAUGUGUAAGUAUAUUUGUUAUUCAUAUAUAUUUAUUCGUUUAUAUAUGUAAUUUUAGUAUGUAUGUAUAACAAUAAUCACUAGUACCGCAUUCGAGUAUUCUGACACUUCCCUAUGGUUGACUGGGAGACAAUGCUUUUAGCAUUAAGUUCGCCAUGUACACAUAUUUGUACUAAUGAAUAAAUAAAUAAAUAUUUUAAUACCAAUUCGACAUUUUUAACUUCGGUACGUACAUAUAUUACAAUGGUCUCAUAAAGGUGGGCAGAAUCAAUUGAAUGAAAUAAAUAAAUAUAUUUAUUUAAAUUUUAAUGCACAAUUGUAUAAGUAAAUGUACAUAUGGCGGACGUAACACCUAAUGGCGUUCUCUACCAGGCAAUCAGAAAAUUAAGUAGGCGGUGCAUUUACUACUAAAAUAUGUAUAAAUUUUGUUACUACAUAUUACAUAUAUACAUCCAUAGAUAUAUCUUAUUCAUACUGUCAUUUAAUCUAAUUUUAUAUAAAAUGGACUCAGAUUGGUCACUCGAAUAUGCUUAAAAUGUACAAUAUUUCUUUCAACUUUUGAAAUUUUAGAGGUAUACAAUUGAUUUUUUACUUCUUUCUAAAGUUUUGUACGUUCUUACAAUAAAUAAUGAAUUAUUAUUGAAAAAAUUAACAGUAUGUGAUAUUGUUGUCAUAUUAGAUUAAUUAAAAGUUUUACUCGAUCAACGAAGAACUGUUUGAUUUACUACUUAUAUGUUUGAAACUGGGAGAAUGCUGAAUUUUAUAUAAACAUUUGAAUGUAUAGUAAUAAUAUUUCAUUGGUAAUAAAAGAAUAUUUCCCUUCUCUAUAGAGAAGAUUUCUAAGUACUGAUGCAGUAGGAACAUCGCAACGGAUAUGCAUUUACGUUGCACAAUAAUUAACACGAGCAUUGUAAAUAAUAUUAUAGUUAACAUAGCUAUUUUAUUAUGUUUAUUACUUGUUUUGUAUAAUAUUUUUGGUUUAAAAUUGAAUUGUUAAAUUAUUUAUAUUAGAUUGUUUGCUAUGUUAAUCUUAUUAAUUAAAACAUGUGAAUAUUA